AUGCUGCCCCGACUCGCGGCGCUGCUCACGGCGUGCGGCGCUGCUGCAACGCCGCCCUUUUCGCCGCGGAAGCGCCUCGUGCCCACGGCGCACCCCGUCCUCCAGGAGCGCUUCGCCGCCGCGGGCGUCCUGCGCGCCGCGGACUUUGACGCGGCGUCGAAAGCCGCCGCGGCGCCGCGCCGCGCCCCGAGCCGCCUCGGCAGCAAGAACUACGACGUCACGGAGGCCCAGUGCGCCAACUACACGCACUCCGACACGUGCUACGCGGGCGACUACGACGGCGACGACGACCGCGUGCUCGGGGCGCCGUCCCUGCCCGGCGCCUGCAGCCUCUGCGGCUACUUCCCCGCGACGAGCCCCUCGACCUUCCUCGACUGCCUCACGUGCGAGGACGACGGCUACGAGAUCGUCGUCAUCUACGACGACUGCACGGGCCUCUGCGCGGACGCGGACGCCGCGGCCUACUACGCCGACCUCGGCUUCGGCGACCUCACGACGUCGGCCUGCGACCUGUACGUGAACUGCUACCCGGACUUCAUGGACUACGACACGGGCGGCACGAACUCCCAGUUCGCGGGCGACGACGACGGCUCGAGCUACUCCUACUCCUACGACUACUCCGACGGCUGCGAGCCCUGCGACGGCGACGAGGGCUGCGGCCGGCUCGCCACGGAGGACGACUGCGCCAACGCCGCGGACGUCCUCGGCGACGCGGACAAGGUCUGCGAGUGGACGCCGUGCGGCGACGACGGCGCCGCGGGCGACGACGCGGCCGGCGACGACGGCGCCGGCACGGCGACGCCGACGGUCGUCGAGGUCUCCGCGGUGCCGUCCAUCGCGCCGACGGCGCUGCCCCCGGGCUACUUCCCCAACGAGCUCGCGGCGAGCACGUGCGUCACGGGCACGGAGCGGGGCACGGCCAAGUACCACACCGUGUCCUGGUGCCACCACCACGACGGCGGCAUCUGCGUCGCGACCCAGGAGGAGUGCGACGCCCUCGCGGGCCGCAUGUCCCUGGGCAUCGGCUGCAACGGGCCCCAGGGCUCGGGCUGCCACUGCUGCAAGGACGUCGACCAGGACCUCAUCUACUCCUGGGAGCCGUCGGCGACGCCGGCGCCGUCGACCUACGCGCCGACCUUCGCGAAGACGGCCGCGCCGACGGGCACCCCGGCGCCGAGCGGCAAGCCGGUCCCCGCGCCGACGGCCGCGCCCGCGCCCGCGCCCGUCCCCGCGCCCACGGCGACACCCUCUCCUACUGCAACACCCUCUCCUACGACAACACCCGCGCCCGUCCCCGCGCCCACGGCGACACCCUCUCCUACUACAACACCCUCUCCUACUACAACACCCUCUCCGACUACGGACGACGCCGCCGCGACGGACGACGCCGCUUCCGCGGACGACGCCGCGGCAACCGACGACGCGGCUUCAACAGACGACGCGGCUUCAACAGACGACGCCGCCUCCGCGGACGACGCCGCCGCGGACGACGCCGCGGCGUCGACGGACGACGCGGCGUCGACGACCGUCGACCUCGACUGGGUCGCGCAGCUCUACGCGGAGUCGAAGGAGGCGACCUACGCCGCCGGCGACGACGUCGUCUUCGCCUGGACGGGCACGCACAACGUCCAGCUGAUGGCCGACGAGGCGUCGUGGACCGCGUGCGACUUCGCGGGGGCCGUGGACCUCGGCGACGCGACGCCCGUCACGGUCACGGGCUCGCCCGGCGACGUCGCCUACUACGCGUCGAGCGUCGGCGCCAACUGCACGAACGGGCGCAAGAUCGCCAUCACGUGGACCGAGGAGGUCGCGCUCGACUGGGUCGCGCAGAUCGACGCGAACCCGAAAAACGCGUCCUACUCCGCCGGCGACGCGGUCACCUUCGACUGGACGGGCAAUCACAACGCCGCGGCCGCGGACGAGGACGAGGACGACGACGGCGUGGACGCCGCGAGCGCUCUCGGGGGCAUGAGCUACUGGUGGGUCGUCAUCGUCCUCCUCGUCGUGCUCAACGUCUUCCUCUGCUGCCUCCUCUACUUCCGCGUCUGCAUCCCCGUCGGCGAGGACGAGCUCACGGAGCACAUGGAGAUCGAGGAGAAGGUCUCCUUCGCGAGCUGCAACAUGGACGGGUCCAUGAAGCUCGAGCAAGUCUACGCGGGCAAGGCGCUGCCCUAG